GUCCCCAUUUAACGAUACUGGCGAUGGAGUUGAAGAUUGUAAUAGCAAAGAAGUUCAGUCUAUGGCGUCAAAAUUUCUUGCAAUGUUAAAUUUAUGUUCUGCAAUCCCUGCCAUAUUUAGAGCAGGUCCAUAUGGUUCGCUAUCAGAUCGAAAAGGUCGUCGUAUUGUUCUGCUUUUACCCACUAUCGGCGCCGUCAUAACAGCGUUUUAUGCCUAUGCCACAGAUUGUACACAUAUAGAGCGUAGGAACAUAGUAUUUUCUCGAUUACAAUCUGCGCUAUUUAUGGGAUUCGCGAUUGGCCCUUUAUUGGGUGGUCUAAUUCUUAAGUUUACAGACAAAUCACUUUCUAAAGAAACUAGUGAUAAGAAUAUUUUAUACCAAAAACAAAUGAAGGAUGCAUUAAAAAGGAAAAGUAAGCAUUUUAUAUGGAUCUGGCACAUAAUUGAUAUGUUUAAAUCUUUGCUUUUAUUUUUUCCGCGUAAAACUAGAAUUCAGAAUGAUAAUUAUGCAACAAUACAACAAUUAAGAGAAGCAGAAAACGUAUCUAAAGUGAUCAACAUGACAUUGGCAGGAAAAUAUUCAUUGUUAAUAUAUGCAUGUAUACAGACUGUUCGUUCAAUUGCCUUUAUGGGUAGUCAAACUUUAUUUUUUUUAUAUACUGCGAAAAAGUUUAGUUGGACUGCGGUUGAACAAGGAUACUUUUUUUUUAUGAUGGGAGCGAUACGAUCUAUAAUUUUAUUAGUUGUCAUACCAUUAGUUGCAAAAUAUUUUAAGAUUGUUAACGAUAAAAAGGACGAAAUGGGUGAUAAUGCGCCAACUUCAUUAACAGAUAAUGAAGUUGAUGACUUUGAUGAGACAAAAAUGCGAAGAUUGAUGAAUUUUGAACUUUGGAUAACAAGAAUUGGUUUAUUUACUGAAGGCGUGGCCUAUAUCGGAUACAUGUUGGCUUCAUCUGGUGCCAUAUUCGCAACAGCUAUUGCUUUUGCAUCUGUCGGUGCAGUAGCGAGUCCAUCACUGACAUCUUUAUACACAAAAUAUAUUCCAGCUUCACAAGUAGGUGAAUUGAUGGGUGCCCUAAGUUUACUAGAUGCAAUCUUGCGUGUAGUUGGGCCUACUACUUUUGAUCUAUUAUAUAGUGCACUAGUUCUUAUUGAUCCUCGUUAUGUUUGGCCUUGUUUUACGGGGAUACUUCUUUUCGGAUGUUUAUUGACAUUUGGAGUUAAUCCAAAAUUAAAAAGUGGAGAG